UGAUGAUGCAGAAGAUGAUGAUGAUGGUGAUGCCGCCGCUGCUGCUGCUGCUAAUGAUGAUGCCGAAGAUGAUGGUGAUGAUGACGACGCCGCGUUAAUUGAGUGCCAGUCGUUGAGGCGGUGCGCUGGGGCAGGAGGCGUCGGAGUGCCGUGAACUGUGCUGCUGCAGCUGCUGCUGCUGCAAUCAGCUGUUGUGCCGAUGGCGUGCCUGCUUGGCCCCGUCACCCCUUCCCUCGCGCUCCUUGCACCACCUCUCCCGGAGCCGAGCGGGGACUUCCCGGCGUGGCUGGAGGCGCAGGGCGUGAACGAGGAGGUGGCCCGGGCCAUGGACUCGGAGCUGGGCAUCCGGGACUACGGGGUCCUGCGCGCCUGCGUCGGGGACGGCCUCGUGCGGGCCGAGCUCCUGUCCGCGGCGCGCGACCGCCUGCCCUUCGGCUUCUACGCCGUGCUGCGGCGGUUCGUGGCGGCGCUGCUGCUCCCGGACGAUCCCCGCGCGUCGUCCGCCGGUGCCGCCGCCGCCGGUGCCGCCGCGGUGAAGGACGCGACCCUGGUGAGCCUGGUGGAGGCGCUGCUGGCGCUGCUCGCGGGGCUGAGCCGCGAGUUCUCGGCGUGCGUGGGCCGGCUCGACGCGAUGGACAUCGGAGCCCUCGCUGGGGCCUCGAGCGCCGGGGGUGGAGAGGGCGCCCGCGGCCUCGCGGCAGCCGGGGAGGACGCGGAGGGCGGCGGCGAGCGUCCAGAUCAGUGUGGAGAGGCCCAUUCUGUGGCGUGGAAUGAACUGAAAAGAGAGACAUGUUGCAUGAGCCAAGGUGAAACGAGCGAGGUCUCGGUCCCGAUGUGGCCAGAGUUCAAAACGGAGCCGGUGGAUCUCGCUCAGGGGACGACAAGCGCGGUGAGCAGUCACUGCCCGACGAUCGCAUUCGUCCGAUCGGCCUGCCGGCAGACCGCGGGCGGCGAGUGCGCCGCACUCACGGCGGACGCGGUCGCACCCUCGCAGCCGCAGCAGCAGUUGGAGGACGAAGGGGCGGAGUGGGAGGAAGAAGCGGGGGAGGAGGAGAUUCGUGACGAUGACGCUGCCGCCACCGCCACGUUCGACACGCACAUCGCUCUGGAGCAGCGGAACGACCCGGCAGACUAUUCCACCGCCGCCGACACCUUCGCCGCCAGCAUCCCGGACGUCGGCAGGAACCACCGCCCAGAGCGUUCGCGGCCGCACAAGUGCUCGUUCUGCGAGCGGCGCUUCGAGAAGCCGGCGUACCUCAAGCGUCACGAGCGCACGCACACGGGCGAGAAGCCGUACGGCUGCGACGCGUGCGGACGCUCGUUCUCGCAGCGCUCGAAGUUGAAGACGCACGCGCGCACGCACACGGGCGAGAAGCUGUACCGCUGCGACGUGUGCGGGCGCGCCUUCGCUCAGCGCUCGGGCCUCGAGUACCACCGGCGCGUGCACACUGGCGAACGGCCCUACGGUUGCGAGGUGUGCGGCCGAGCCUUCGCGCAGUACGGCAACCUCAAGGUGCACCGGCGCACUCACACGGGGGAGCGUCCGCACCGCUGCGAUGUGUGCGGCCGCUCGUUCACUCUCUUCUCGGGCCUCAAGUACCACAUGCGCACGCACACGGGCGAGAAGCCCUACCGCUGCGAGGUGUGCGGCCGAGCCUUCUCGCAGUGCUCCAACAUGAAGACGCACCAGCGCACGCACCUGGCCGACGCGGCCGUCGCCGGCAGCAACGCCUCACGCGAGGCACCGCGGCGAAUCAGCGGCUCGCAGAGGCAGUUGAUGGUGGUGGUCGCCGCCGUUGAAACAGCAACAGCAGCAGCAGCAACGGCCUGUUCGUGUGUUUUUAAACCUCAACUACGACAAUUCUCUCAGCGCUGCGGUGGCAGAAAGUUGUGUCUUCUUGGAAUGGCGUGCGCCGCGGUGCUGGAGCCGAGCAGGGACUUCCCGGCGUGGCUGGAGGCGCAGGGCGUGAACGAGGAGGUGGCCCGGGCCAUGGAUUCGGAGCUGGGCAUCCGGGACUACGGGGUCCUGCGCGCCUGCGUCGGGGACGGCCUCGUGCGUGCCGAGCUGCUGGCCACGGCGCGCGACCGCCUGCCCUUCGGCUUCUACGCCGUGCUGCGGCAGGUGGUGAAGGCCCUGCAGGGCGCCGAGCCGUUCCAACUGCCACUUUUUGACGACGGCGGCAGCAGCGGUGGCAGCGGGUCGUCGCCCGGCGUGGUGAGGGACGUGACCCUGGAGGGGUUGAUCGAGGUGCUCGCCAACUUGUUCGGCGGACUGAGCCGCGAGCUGUCGGUGUCCAUGCAGAGGCUGGGACGCGUCCACGGAGCGGACUGCGGCCCCGGGGAGGAGAAUGGAGAAUACCCGAGUGCCGGCAACGACCCGUGCCAAGAUCAAGAUCAUGGAGCAGACGGCCACUACUUGAACCAGUCUUACGAGGACGGAGAUGUCCCUUCCCUGGAAACGUCCAGCACCAUCCACUCGGACCAGGGCAUUAAAAUUGAGAGCGUGCCAGGUAAAGCCACGGUCGGCGGCGAUCACAUGUUCGCAAUCGAGGACGUCACCUCGCUUCAGAGCGACAAGGUGCGACUCGUGCUGGCGGCCAAGAUACGCACCAACGCGCAGCAGCAAGAGCGGCAUCUGUCGCAGCAGCAGCAACAGCAGCAGCAGCAGCACCAAGGGCUGGCUACCCGUCGGUGCGCCGAGAACCUGCCGGAGCCCGUCUACCCCGCGGCGCAGCUGCCCAACUCGCACGCGUACCCAGCGGUGCCGGGCGGCAGGAACGGCACCCCGUCUCCGGACGCCGACGCCGACCCUGGGCGGCCGCACGAGUGCCGCCAGUGCGGGCGGCGCUUUGCCAAGUCGGACCAGCUGACGGGUCACAUGCGCAUCCACACGGGCGAGAAGCCGCACCCGUGCGACUUGUGCGGCCGCACGUUCUCGCACUACGGCAACCUGAAGACGCACCGGCGCACGCACACGGGCGAAAAGCCGUACCGCUGCGGCGCCUGCGGCCGCGCCUUCUCGCAGUGCUCCAGCCUCAAGACGCACCAGCGCAUCCACACGGGCGAGAAGCCGUACUCGUGCGACGUGUGCCCACGGGCCUUCGCGCAGUACUCAAGCCUCAAGUACCACAUGCGCACGCACACGGGCGAGAGGCCCUACACGUGCCAGGCCUGCGGCAAGAGCUUCAGCAUGUCGAGCCACUUCAACAGGCACAGACGCAUGUGCUCGAACGCGCUUGUGUCGAGAUUGAACAAUAAAAUUAAUUUAAUAUUAAUAAUUUAUUUGUUGCUGUUGCUGCCGGGCGCGGCGAAUCUGCAGUCGCGGCGCGCGACGCCAACUUCGGCGCUGACGUCACCCGGCCCGGCACGCGCGGGGCGCCCAGAGUGCGAGAUGGAGAGUCAACCCACGAUGGAGCUGCAACAGCAGGAGGACUUCCCGGCGUGGCUUGAGGCGCAGGGCGUGAACGAGGAGGUGGCCCGGGCCAUGGACUCGGAGCUGGGCAUCCGGGACUACGGGGUCUUGCGCGCCUGCGUCGGGGACGCGUGCCUCCGUGCCGAGCUCCUGUCCACGGCGCGCGACCGCCUGCCCUUCGGCUUCUACGCCGUGCUGCGGCAGGUGGUGAAGGCCCUGCAGGGCGCCGAGCCCCACGACGGCGCCGGGACACCGCUGUCCGGCGCGCUUCGCGACGUGACGCUGGCGGGGCUCGUGGAGGUGCUGCUUGCGCUGCUCACGGGCCUGAGCCGCGAGCUGGCGCUCUCCGUGCAGAAGCUGGAGGCGGUGAGCGGCGGCGGCGCCUUUGUCGGAAGGUUCCUCGCGAAGGACGAGGACUACCAGACGGAGAGGGACGAUGACGAUUCGCACCACGGCAACGCCGGCGACUUCUCCAACGACGACGCCGAGAGUCCAGUCCCCGAGGAGGAGGAGGAGUGCGAGUGGCGGCAGCACAGCGACAGCAGCCCAGGGAAGAGCCUGGAGACCCUGUCUGGCUUCGUGCUCCCGGACGGCAGUACCCUGGAGUGCGCGCGGCAGUACUACGCCGCCUCCUCCGCCGCCGCCGCCGCCGCCAAGGAGCGCAGCGCCGCCUACGGGGCCGCCCUGCAGCUGCAGCAGCUGCAGCAGCUGCAGCAGCAGCAGCUGCAACCGCAUCAACAGCCGCAGCAGAGUCAGCAGCAGCAGCACAGCGUGGACGAGAUGAUCGCGGCCGCAGUUGCCGCCACCGCUGCCGCCGAUCCCCACCACCUCCAACACCACCAACAGCAGCAGCAGCAGCAGCAGGUGGAGGAGGCGGCCGCCGCCGCCGCCGUGGCGUCGAUCAGCAGCAAAGGGCGGCCGCGCACCAACCGCCCCGACGCGCUGGCGCCGAGGCGGCAGCAGUACGAGUGCCGGCAGUGCGGGCGCGAGUUUGUGCGCUCGGACGCGCUCAAAGCGCACAUGCGCAUCCACACGGGCGAGAAGCCGUACCGCUGCGGAGCCUGCGGCCGCGCCUUCUCGCAGAGCUCCGGGCUCAAGACGCACCAGCGGGUGCACACGGGAGAGAAGCCGUACCGCUGCGGCGUGUGCGGGCGCGUGUUCGCGCAGUGUCGGGCCUUCAAGUACCACAUGCGCACGCACACGGGGGAGAAGCCCUACGUGUGCCAGGGCUGCGGCAAGAGCUUCGGCAUAUCGAGCCACUGCAACAGGCACCGCAAGAUGUGCCUGCUCGCCAACGCGAGGCCGGUUCACGACGAGCGGUGACGGGUCCGUCUCCCGAUGGGUCUCUUUACGCGCGGUGAUCAUUGGGAGUCGCUCCUGAAUUAGUCGGGUUUGCCGGCAGUGCAGCGUGACGCUGAGACUAAUUCCCUCCCCUCACCCCCUCCCUCCGCCGCCCCCUUUUUCCACUGACACAUCUGAGCCGAGCCAGCGCCGGGUGACUGGCAACACGGGGUGGUUUUCCCAACUGCGAGCUGGAACCAAACCGUGCUACGUUGGCCUCGCAAGAAGUCUGUAUCUUGCUCGAGGGCCAAGCUCCGUGCCCGGGGCGGAAGUAAGAACACGUUCGCAAAUUGAAUGUGAUUCAUACAAAAAUCGCUAUGGACUUUGUUCCAUUCGCGAGUGUUGCAGUCCCACGAGCCGGUGCUCGUUUUACUGACCCCCGAAGGGACGAUCACGGUGAUGACGACGAAGAUGAUGACGACGUUGGUGACGACGAUGAGGGUGAGCCGACCCUUGCCGCAGGAUCUCAACUCGCAACCUUGAGGUCUUGAGACUGCUGCUCCGUACAAAUGGAACCGUGUCGAUGUAUGCAUCCUGUACGUGUGCGUGCUAAACGAAACUAUUUUGUAUCUUAUCAGUUAAGGCCCACUGAGCUAUUUUUCAGAAUCGACUUGGCCACAAAUGAUAGCUCAACGAACUCGUGACCUAUUUGCCAGGCGAGGCAGAUAGCAUUUCUCCACCGGCACAUACAGUCAGUCAUGCAUUGAUGUAGCUAUGGGUAUGACUGGAGUUCCCGUGAUGGUUUAUGCUCCGUUGACGAGAUCGGCAAGGCAGUUUACCAUCUCGCAAAGCGAUCUGAUCGGAGGCGAGUGUGAACGUGGGUCAUUUUCUACUCUUCCCAGAGGUGGUGUAUUUAUUUAACUGAGUGGGGGGGUGGGGGGAGACCUUAGGUCCCUGUUGGGAGUCAGGAUGUGAAGACUACUAUUUUUAAAGCAUCCCGCGUAAUCGGUCGCAAUUUUAAGCCGAUUGCUCAACGGAAUCGUUGAAUCGUCUCGGUUGUACAUUGUGUUUUUUGCUGAGCGGUUACAAGGUGGGUAGUCUAGGCCAUGGACAGGUGGCCGCUAAUUUAUAACAAGCAUAAAUGGGUCAGCAUUUACGCUAUUGGAACCUCAUUUGCCAGUAAAAAAUAUGAUAAUUGUUUUUUUACCCUUUUAUCUGCCAACGAAACUGACACCUUUUUUACAAGGAGUCGUGUUUGCACCUUUUGGCGUCAUCUGGUCCAACACCAUGUGAGGCUAGGCUCUGAGGAAAGCUGUCUCGGGUGUGGACCAAUAAACUUCAAGGACAGUACAUACAUUAUCGGAGUUAUGUUUUUUGUUUGCAUUAUGACUGCAGGUAUUGUGGUCUAAGCAAACAUGACUCC